AUGGACUUCACGAUCUCGCUGGCACACUUCUGCGAGGUCCACGGUCCUACGUCUAUCAUCUGCACCCAAGCCUCGACCUCGCCCUGCGGUUCCUGCAACCCAUGCGUUACGCCACCUUCCGAAGAGCCGCAUUCGGCUUUCUCUUACAACGGCCUGUAUGACCAGCCUACUCCGCUGAAGCUGGGCGGGCGGCUACCCCAGCUCACCUCGCCAUUCGAGACUCCGCCUACUAGCCCACGCUCGCCUACACACAACCCAUACUUCCCUAGUUUUCCAUCCUCUACUGCUAGCAGCUUUGGUGGAAGGAGACCCAGCAGCAGCACCUUUGACGCUGACCCUGACGUAUGCGAGAACUGCCAAAUGGAAGUCCCCAAAAAGUAUAGGGACAAGCUGCCCACUGGUGCUCCUGGGAGCCCCUCCAAGGACGGACGUGGCAGGAACGGCAGUCCUGUGCUACGAAGUUCCCAGAAUUACCCAGUGCGCCGGCCUGUCUCCCGUGGCGAUGCCAGCAGUACAGACUCGUCCGAUGUCUCGGACACGGAGCAGUCCACCUCAUUCGAGAGCCGCCACUCAGGUGCAUACCCAGACUCAAUCCCUGCUUCACCAAUGCUCGUUUCGAGAGGCAUGCAUACCCACACACUGAACUACAUCUCCACCAGUCAGCCACAGUCACCUACCACAUACUCCCUCCUGCGACGCACAUGCAUUCGCACUCUAUCAACAGAGGUCCUUCCCUUGAGUAAACCAUCUGGGCCCAUUAUGUUCGGAGAUUCGGUCGCCGGAUACACCAUUGCCUACGUUUUCCGUCUCCAAGAUCCUCGGUCCCGCGGAGCGAAACGCACAUAUGCACUCAUCGCAAUGGCUGGUCGUGACUGCCGAAGAGCCACCAAGGCCAUGGUAAAGAUCACCGAAGUGUUCGAAAGCAUCGCCAAUCGCAUCGUGGCACUCGCUGAGAGGGUUCUGGAACGGGAGAGUGCCGCGUCGCAAAGCGUAUCCCGGCCCAUGACUGCAAGUGACAGCACCCCUCCUGCUCUUGGAACCUCAGCGUCCUCAAUGCCGCCAACGUUCAUGUCCCCACAGAAAGGGCGAUAUUUCUCCUCCACGUCUAGCUCGCCCACCCGCAGUAUCACGCCAGUAUCAUCCUUCUUGUCAGCCAAGAAGCUCGAUCCUGACGGGUUCCCUCGUGUGUCCCGCGAUGUGAUGAAAGCCAAGAGCUUAGCCGAAAUCGUUGGUCAAGAGAACUUCUUCGUCGAGCUGCACACCCUCUUCUGCGGUCUCCUGCACUCCCUCAUCAAACAGUAUGGAUGA